CCAGUUGAGUGAACAGUUGCCAUCUUUUGUUUACCUUUUCUUUUGCCUCUACAAAUCUCACCCUAUUUCUGUAGCUUUGUCUUUAAUAUAUUUCAUUAUGAAUCCAUGGUGAAUUUAAUCAAUCUUUAUUAAAAAUAUGACAUUUUAAAAUAUAAUGUGCCUUCAUUAAUAAAAAAUGAUCAAUUAUCAUCAGUGACUUUGUGUAAAUUACAUUUUUAAGUGAAGCCGGGUCUCCGGCUUAAGAUUGGAGUCUUGUUUUUUAUCUUUGGUCUAUGUUGAUCACUGGUUCUAUCUCUUGCAUUAAAUACUGAUGGUAUUUCUGCAUUAAUAAAUGGUCAAUUGAUGGGUCACUUUUUAAUGAAGCAGAUAAAUUAAAAGGAGAUAAUGAAAAAUAAAAGAAGGGACAGUUUUAUAGUUGCUGUCGACCAAAGAGAUCUUGUAGAUUUAAGCUGUAUUGAUUCAAAAUUGCAACCAUCCAAGUCUAGCACCAAACAAAUUUGCCCCAAUGCUUUUAAAAACAUGGUCAAUAAAAUAGCCGAUAAUUUUCUUGACGAUCCAAGAGACCGGAAAUUUUAUGCUGAUAACUACAGAUGCUGGCCACCGCCAAUCUUUAUCAUUUCGGUGACACUGAUUGAGCUUGCCUUUUUCACUUAUUAUUCAAUAAUUGAUGGAGAUGGAUCUAUUCCUAAGGACGAUUUGUUUGUUUAUCGACCUGAUAAACGACAAGAAAUAUGGAGAUUCGCUUUUUACAUGGUUCUUCAUGCAGGAUGGGUUCACUUGUUCUUCAACCUCGUAAUUCAGUUGUUGAUUGGUUUACCUUUAGAAAUGGUUCAUGGAUCUGUGCGUAUUGGUGCCGUUUACAUGGCCGGCGUGUUGGCAGGAUCUUUGGGCACUUCAGUGUUUGACCCUAAUGUUUACCUGCUUGGUGCCUCUGGUGGUGUUUAUGCAUUACUUUCUGCCCAUCUUGCCAAUGUAGUACUUAAUUACAAUCAAAUGGAGUUUGGUUUGCUCAGAAUUUUCGGUCUCUUUGUUAUUGCUAGUACCGAUGUUGGUUACGCUGUUUAUGAGAGAUACGUUGUAAAAGAGGAAUAUGGUCAAACAUCUUAUGUCGCCCAUUUUGCUGGAGCUGCUGCUGGGUUAACCCUAGGUUUAGUUGUACUCAAAAAUUUUGAGCAGAAGCUUCGUGAACAGUUUAUUUGGUGGUUAUCUCUUACAAUCUACAUGGGUUGUAUGAUUUCUGCUAUCAUAUUCAAUGUUUACAUCUGAAACUCUUACUCUCUAUGCUGCCUAGGAUACAAUAAAUUUGUAAGAUUAUAA